GAGGGAAAGUGAGCAGCAGAGGGGAAACGGGAGCUGCAGAGGGGCUGGAGCUGCGGAUAGCAGAGGAGCGGACAGUGGUGGCAGCAGACACCGGGAACCUGCAGGCUGCGGCCAGGCGGCACGAGGAGCGGGACUCGGUGGUCCUCGGUUCAGUAAACGGGGAGGCUUAUACAAGCAAACAAAAGUCGCGUGUCCGGUGGGCUGUCACACGCGCGUCUCUUAAAAAAACAGCGGGAGAUGCAUUACGUCAUCACCUCCCAUCGCCCUGGAUGACCGCGCUCGCAGGAGGAGAUGAUGCGGGGCUGCUGGUGUAGAAGAGAAGCAGAUUCCGCCGCUGCCGCACGCGAACGUCCGGGGGCGGUGUCCCGCGCGGGGCAGGGAGAAGAAGGGGAGCCGCCCUCGCGCGGCCUCUGGCUCUGAUGGCUCCUCGCGCCCCGGGCGGGAAAGAGACACAGCAGUCGCCGCGGCGCGAGAGGGAAGAGGACAGGAGGUACCUGGGAAGUGACGUGGUGUCCGCGCCCCGCAAGCAGUCACCACGGUGCGGUUGUCGUGCAUUUCGCAGGAGGGCAGGAGCGGGAAGGGGAACAUGGCCGCGCAGUCGGACGGCGGCAAAGCCGGGGUCGGCUGCGGCGGCGGCGGUUUCGCCCAGCUGUACGAUAUUGACUCCGAGGAGCCCCUGGACUCCGCCGCCAUCCACAUCUGCCAGUGCUGCCGCUCCUCCGCCUGCUACUGGGGCUGCCGCUCAGCCUGCCUGGGCUCCCUGCUCGGCGGGGGCCAGCCCCUCGGAGGGGCCGGCAUCCGGGAGACCCACUGCCCUCCCCGCGAGCAGCUGUGGCUGGACUGCCUCUGGAUCAUCCUGGCCCUGCUCGUCUUCUUCUGGGACGUUGGCACGGACCUGUGCCUGGCGGCGGACUACUACCAGAAGCAGAAGUACCUCUGGUCCGGCCUCACGCUCUUCUUCGUGCUGGUCCCGUCCGUGCUGGUCCAGAUUCUGAGUUUCCGCUGGUUCGUGCAGGACUACACCGGCGGGGGGCUCGGAGAGGUGGAGGGGCUCACCAAGAAGGGCACGGUGGUCCAGGGAUGCUCGUAUCCCGGAAAGGACCGCCUGCAGCUGGCCACCAUCUGGCUGUGGCAGGCCACCAUCCACAUCCUCCAGCUGGGACAGGUGUGGAGGUACAUCCGAACGCUCUACCUGGGGGUCAUGUCGCGGCGGCAGAAGGAGCACCAGCGCCGGUGGUACUGGGCCAUGAUGUUCGAGUACGCCGACGUCAACAUGCUGCGCCUGCUGGAGACGUUCCUGGAGUCGGCGCCCCAGCUGGUGCUGCAGCUCUACAUCAUGAUCCAGGAGAACCGAGCCGAGACCUUGCAGUGCGUCUCCUCCCUGGCCUCCCUCAUCUCCCUGGCCUGGGUUCUGGCCUCCUACCACAAGCUGCUGCGCGACUCCCGGGACGACCAGCGCAGCAUGAGCUACCGCGGCGCGCUGCUCCACCUCUGCUGGCGCCUCUUCACCAUCUCGUCCCGCGUCCUCUCGCUGGCCCUCUUCGCCUCCCUCUUCCACAUCUCCUUCGGCAUCUUCGUGGUGCUGCACUGGUGCGCCAUGGCCUUCUGGGUGGUGCACGGCGGCACCGACUUCUGCAUGUCGAAGUGGGAGGAGGUGCUCUUCAACAUGGUGGUCGGCAUCGUCUACAUCUUCUGCUGGUUCAACGUGAAGGAGGGGCGGACGCGUUACCGAAUGAUAGCGUACUACACCGUGGUGCUGGCCGAGAACACUAUGCUCACAGGCCUGUGGUACGCCUAUCGGGAUCCGGUGCUGACCGACUCGUACGCCGUCCCGGCCCUCUGCAGCGUCUACCUGACAUUCGGCGGGGGCGUCCUCGUCAUGUUCCUCUACUACGGCUUCCUGCACCCCGCCACCACCCACCUGCAGCCGAGCCCGGCCUCGUCCUGCUGCGCCCAGCUGCUCUGGGGCCUCCCGCUUCCCCCGUCGGCCCCGCCCUCUGCCCCGCCCACCCCGGCCCAUAUGGCCAAGUCCCAGACGGAGGAGGACGUGGCCGAGACGUGCCUUCCCGUCUUCCAGGUGAGGUCCGCCCCCCCAACCUCCAAGCCCGAAGGCCCGCUGAUAAAAAUCGAUAUGCCCAGGAAGCGUUACCCGGCUUGGGACGCGCACUACGUAGACAGGCGCCUGCGGAGGACUAUAAACAUCCUGCAGUACAUAACGCCGGCUGCUGUGGGCAUCCGCUAUCGCGACGGACCGUUGCUGUACGAACUGUUGCAGUACGAGUCUUCGCUUUGACACACACACACACACAAACAUACAGAGGUACACCUGAGCACAUACAGCACUAUAAAAUGUACAUGUGGAUGUUCAAACUUAGAGAAGAUAGAGGAAAAAAGUCAUGAGCAAAAGGUCUCACUUGAUAUAAGCACAUGCACACUAAAGCAAUCUCACUUAUAAGCACACAGGCGCACGCACACACACACACACACACACACUCACACACACUUCUUGUAAGUCCCGUGGCUAUGACUCAGCAAGCUGCUUCAGUCCAUCUUCUCCUUUCUCACUCCUUUCUCUCUCCAUUCAGCUCCUCUGAUCGCUCUUCACUUGGUCUCAUUUUUUAUGAAUUUCCCCUGCACAAGCUGCUGUAAGAGGGGAAAAAAAAGAAAUUUAAAAAGAGAAACGAGCACAUCUCUGCAGCAGCACCCGACCGCAUCAUUUAUGUUGCGAUCGUCGCGCGUUGAGUAGAAUAAAUUAACGUGACACAAAAGAAAGAAGGCAGAAAAAAAAGUCACUUACGAAAAAAGAGGAUUGUGAUCACGUGGUUAGCCUAGUCAAAGGGUUGUAAAUAUUUUCUAUGUACAGAGCAGAUAUUUUUAAUGUAAUAAUGUCACUUUGUGGCCGGGCAAAGAGCUUAAAGACGGUUCUGGAAGUUUGUUAUGAAAGGUUAACAAAGGAUUAAACCAGUGCGAAAGGGAGACGGAGACAGAAGACAGAGUUUAUGUGAUGAACUUGCAAAGAAACGCCUCAUAUUAAGUUUUGGUCAUUCAUCUCGAGGGCAUGUAGCUGAUUUUCAAGUCAGAACAAAGGAGCCGUUUAGAGAAGCAGCGGAACAUCACAGCCGUGUGUAGUGUCUACAAGUGGAAAGAAGGAGAAAUUGUUCAUCGACUGGAUUUUCAUUUUUCAAACCUUUCCUAAUACCAGCAGAUGGUACAUUUAAUACCAGAAGUCAAUUAGCGUAAGAUAACCGGUUAUGAUUAGCCUGUAUACAAUCAAACAAUCAUUACCAAUAAUAAUUUAGAGUAAAAAGUUACUAAAUAAGUAGUUUUCUGAAUCUUGACAAUGUAACUACAUUACAUGUCUAUCCUUAAAACAUUUACCUUACUUAAACCAAUUUGGAGGAAAAAAACAAACAAACAAACAAAAAGCUAACUUAACUAAACCGAUGUUAAUCCAAACCAAAAUAAGCAUUUUACUGAUUUAAAGCAGUGGCUCCCUUUGGGACAAAACACCAAAUAUUUGGUCCACUUCUAAGAUUAUACGUCACAAUGUACAAUGGAUAAUAAUAAUUACAAAAUGAAAGCUGUUACAAGAGAUACACAAAGCUGUCAAAAGUAAACAAUAUAGUCUCUUUCUUUAAUUAGCUUAUUCUUUUAAUAGUUGGCCUAUUAUCAGUUUUCCGUUAACACCCCUCAGAAAGUAUUCAGCCGAUGGUUACUUAGGCGGAGUUCACACUCCACCAGUCGGGCCUUUAUGGUAUAGUGGCAACAUGGAAGCCACUCAACGUUAAUAAAGCACAUGGUGGACUUUAGCCUAAAACUUUUGUAGCGAUUGUCAGACAAGAACAGAACUUCUUGGCCUAUGUUUUUCUGUGGAAGAACCCCACAUUUCUUAGCUAGCCAAAUUAAAAAUGAAAAGAAAUGGCAGCUGUACUCACAGUUUAACUCUAGAAAAAUGUUUUGCUUGUCACACUUAAAAUGCUAAAACUGUACAAAAACUGAGACAAAACCAUUAACUGUUUGAAGAAAUAGCCCCAAUUAAGUAUUGGCCGGGUGUAGCUAGCGACAAAAGCUACACCCUGCUAGCUAGUUAGAGAUUUCAACUAAAUUAAGAAACUAUAAUUAUACCUGUAGUUUUAACACAAUUUUCUAUAGAGGGACAAAUCCUUGAAUUUCAAAAUGAAUCUUUACUUUAAUUUAGACCUCUUUUAUUUCCUUCCUGAGCGCUAGCAAUUGCUUAGCAAAUUUGUUUUUUUAGCUUCAGUAGACUUAUCUAUUAGCUUUGUUUGAGCUAAGUUAAGAUACAUUUCCAGAAUAAAGGAGAUAAAACUAAACGUUUUUGGACUAAACCAUGCUGCUCGUAUAUUAUGAAGAAAAUACAGUAACUAUUACAUGACAUGCUAGUGACAGAAGUCUCAGUGUAAGCAGAUGUCUACCGUAAGAACUAAAGAUGAAAACAGAAAUAGAGAUGAGGCAGCAUAAUAUGCGUACCACAUUGUGUUGCGUUUUGUGUAUGUGUUAUCUAACUGUUCAUUUUCCAGUUUGACUUGCAAGGGUUGUGGGGGAGGCUUUAAUAUUUUACUCAGACUUUAAAAAAAAAAACCUGCUAACACUCGGCAAAGUGGUUCUCGUCAGUGGCAGACGACAGCAAAAAUCCCAGAUCUGGGGAUUUACAACAGAGAACAAAUAUACUAACUAAUGAUUUCUGAUCCGUGCGUAGUGUCUCUGUGCGAUGUCUUAUUCACGCUGGUCCUACGCUAACAGGGUGCAAGCAGCAAAAGCUGAUACGAAACAGUUGUGGACUUUAACCGUCACGACCCCCCCUGGAUGACUUGUCUUCUCAUGCAUCACGUCCAGUAUCAACUCCUCCAAAAGCCACCCACGGCUGAGCUGUGAUGUGUGGCUCAUUAUUUAUUUAUUUUUGGUUUGUUUAUCCGUGGUAUACAAGCUGUUACAUUGGCAGGCGACAGCAAAUGGUGCCGAUGCAUCAAUCACGGCCCCGUCUGCGGGAACGACGAAGAAAUGACACGCCGUCGGGGGGGUGGUUGCAAUCGCACCAAGGGGUGAAGUGUAAAAAAAAAACACAUGUUUUUGCCAUGAACUUGUGAUUUCAGCUAGAGGGCAGGUGAAAUACAAAUACAUGUUUUUAUUUUUUUUAUUUUACCGUUGCUUUUGUUGGAGUUAAAAAGUUGGCCAUAUUUUUGAAUUUUAGUCUAAACUGUCCUAAAGUUAUUAGUUUGUCACAUUUAAGCUUGAUGCCUUGCAUCUAGGUUUGAGACUCUUACUAAAGUUACCAUUUCCACCAAAGCUUUCUUCUAGGUUUCAAAUGACUCUUGACUACAUUUGAUCAUCUCUAGUUCAAUGUAGGGCUGGGGGAAAAUCGAUUUAAUUGAUUCAUUUGAAUUUACAAUUUUUUAAGAUUUAAUUUUUGGAAAAUCUGGAUUUUAUUUUGCCAACGCACUCAUUGGGUUUCCAUGAAGAGAAUAGCAAGCAAUGCUCAAUAUAUGUUUGAGAAAAUUUAUUGUCAAACUAUUGUUAAGAGGAAACUUUUUUUUACUUUAAUACGAGACACUUUAAUUUACUCAUUUAGUUGUUGUUUUUUUUAGUUAAU